AUGAAUCUAAAUUCUUCCACCGAAGAGACUAUUAAAAGGAUCCAAGAUGACUGCCCCAAAUCGGGAAGACACAGCUACAUAUUCAUUAUGGUUCCCACUUUAUACAGCAUCAUCUUUGUUGUGGGAAUCUUCGGCAAUAGCUUGGUGGUUAUCGUCAUUUACUUCUACAUGAAACUGAAGACGGUGGCCAGCAUUUUCCUCUUGAAUCUGGCCCUGGCUGACUUGUGUUUCUUAAUGACUUUGCCCCUCUGGGCUGCGUACACCGCCAUGGAGUACCGCUGGCCCUUCGGAAACUGUCUCUGUAAGAUCGCCUCCGCCGGGAUCAGUUUUAACCUCUACGCCAGCGUAUUUCUUCUCACGUCCCUCAGCAUCGACCGCUACCUGGCUAUCGUCCAUCCCAUGAAGUCCCGACUCCGGCGCACCAUGCUGAUGGCCAAAGUGACCUGCAUUGUGAUUUGGUUGCUCGCCGGCUUGGCCAGCCUUCCGGUUGUCAUUCACCGCAAUGUCUUUUUCAUCGAGAAUACGAAUAUCACAGUCUGCGCUUUUUACUACAAAUCCCACAACUCCACCCUUCUGGUGGGGCUGGGACUAAGCAAAAAUAUCUUGGGUUUCUUGAUUCCUUUUCUGGUGAUUCUGACAAGCUAUACUCUGAUUUGGAAGACCCUGAAAAAGGCUUAUGAGAUUCAGAGAAACAGACCAAGAAAUGAUGACAUUUUCAAGAUCAUUAUGGCAAUCGUCCUCUUCUUUUUCUUUUCCUGGAUCCCACACCAGAUAUUCACCUUUCUGGAUGUACUGAUUCAGCUGGGCAUCAUAAAGGACUGUAAAAUCAUAGAUAUCGUGGAUACUGCGAUGCCCAUAACCAUCUGCAUAGCAUAUUUUAACAACUGCCUGAAUCCCCUCUUUUAUGGCUUUUUGGGAAAGAAGUUUAAGAAAUAUUUUCUUCAGCUCCUGAAAUACAUACCACCCAG